AUGGCAGGCCAUCUUGGGGUCAACAAGACGUAUGACCGGUUGGCUCCCGAUGGUAGUGUGGCAGGCCAUCUUGGGGUCAACAAGACGUAUGACCGGUUGGCUCCCGAUGGUAGUAUGGCAGGCCAUCUUGUGCUCAACAAGACGUAUGACCGGUUGGCUCCCGAUGGUAGUAUGGCAGGCCAUCUUGGGCUCAACAAGACGUAUGACCGUAUCUUGUGUAACUUCUUCUGGCCUGGUCUGAAACAGGAUGUUGUGUCUUGCUGUAAAUCCUGUCGCAUUUGCCAGCGGACAGGUAAACCGAACCAAGCUGUACUGGUUGCACCUUUAUAGCCUAUUCCUGCUUUUGACGAACCUUUCAGCAGGGUUCUGGUGGAUUGUAUUUAGGCCCAAAGCAAAGAGUGGUAACCAGUUUCUCUUAACCAUCAUGUGCGCUGACACUUGUUUCCCUGUGGCCAUUCCACUGAGGAAAAUCACGGCUCUGGUGAAAUUAUUUUCAACUUUUGGACUUCCGCAGGUAGUGCAAUCGGACCAAGGUUUCGAAUUUCAUGAAAAAAGAACUUCCAGCAAGUGCUACAACAGUUGGGUGUAACCCAUUUACCAAUCUAGUGCCUACCACCCAGAGUCUCAAGUGCUCUUAAGAGACUUCAUCAGACUUUGAAGUCUAUGUUGAGAGUUUACUGCUUUGAGUUUGAGAAGGACUGGGAUGAAGGGGUCUUGUGCUGUUUGCAGCGCGGGAGGUUGUUCAGGAAUCUCUCGGUUUUAGUCCGAAUGAGCUCGUAUGUGGACAUCAUGUCAGAGGUCCUUUGAGCUUGCUGAGAGAGAGGUUGUUGCAGGGCUACACCUUAAACAGAAAAACAAAUCUGUUGGAGCACGUUAGCGCUUUUCGAUACAGAUUGCACCGCACCUGUGAGUUUGUCAGUGAGAAUCUGAAAGUUUGAUACAUCGAAAGGCACUUUCGAUGUGGGUGACCCAGUCUUGGUUUUGUUGCUCGUUCUGAGGUCACCGUUGCAAGCUCGCUUUUCAGGCCCUUACGCCAUAGUGUAAAAAGUUGGUAAUUGGGAUUACAUUGCCACACCGAAGCACAGGUUGAAACCAUACUUCACCUGCUACGAUGGUGCGGAGAAGUCGGUGGAAACCGGUAGAGAUGUCCUGCCUGUAGCCACUGCUGUCACCAUUGACUAUAGUCUUCCUCAAAAGCACGAGGAAAGCCCAAUGUACCCUGUGCCUGUGGGACAGCUGAGUAACUCAGAGAUUCUAGAAAACCUUGAUGUCUUUUUGGCAUACUUUUGUCAGUCCUGAUGGUUUGUUUUCCUACCUUCGUCUCCCGUUCGGGUUACGAAAUUAUGGAGCCCCGACUGUCAGGAGGCUUUUGAGAAGACAAAACCCCUUUUGGUCUCUGCACCGGUGCUAGCUGCUCUGAAUUUCCGUAGUCCAUUUGCUUUGUAUACCAAUACCAGCGAUGUAGGAACCGGGGCUUAGCUCCUGCAGAAAGAUGAUAACUAUGUUGAGCACCCUUUUUUCUUUUUUUUCUUUUUUACGUCAUUUAGCAGACGCUCUUAUCCAGAGCGACUUACAGUUAGUGCAUACAGUGGGGAAAAAAAGUAUUUAGUCAGCCACCAAUUGUGCAAGUUCUCCCACUUAAAAAGAUGAGAGAGGCCUGUCAUUUUCAUCAUAGGUACACGUCAACUAUGACAGACAUUGAGAAUUUUUUUUCCAGAAAAUCACAUUGUAGGAUUUUUUAUGAAUUUAUUUGCAAAUUAUGGUGGAAAAUAAGUAUUUGGUCACCUACAAACAAGCAAGAUUUCUGGCUCUCACAGACCUGUAACGUCUUCUUUAAGAGGCUCCUCUGUCCUCCACUCGUUACCUGUAUUAAUGGCACCUGUUUGAACUUGUUAUCAGUAUAAAAGACACCUGUCCACAACCUCAAACAGUCACACUCCAAACUCCACUAUGGUCAAGACCAAAGAGCUGUCAAGGGACACCAGAAACAAAAUUGUAGACCUGCACCAGGCUGGGAAGACUGAAUCUGCAAUAGGUAAGCAGCUUGGUUUGAAGAAAUCAACUGUGGGAGCAAUUAUUAGGAAAUGGAAGACAUACAAGACCACUGAUAAUCUCCCUCGAUCUGGGUCUCCACGCAAGAUCUCACCCCGUGGGGUCAAAAUGAUCACAAGAACGGUGAGCAAAAAUCCCAGAACCACACGGGGGGACCUAGUGAAUGACCUGCAGAGAGCUGGGACCAAAGUAACAAAGCUUACCAUCAGUAACACACUACGCCGCCAGGGACUCAAAUCCUGCAUUGCCAGACGUGUCCCCCUGCUUAAGCCAGUACAUGUCCAGGCCCGUCUGAAGUUUGCUAGAGUGCAUUUGGAUGAUCCAGAAGAGGAUUGGGAGAAUGUCAUAUGGUCAGAUGAAACCAAAAUAUAACUUUUUGUUAAAAACUCAACUCAUCGUGUUUGGAGGACAAAGAAUGCUGAGUUGCAUCCAAAGAACACCAUACCUACUGUGAAGCAUGGGGGUGGAAACUUCAUGCUUUGGGGCUGUUUUUCUGCAAAGGGACCAGGACAACUGAUCCGUGUAAAGGAAAGAAUGAAUGGGGCCAUGUAUCGUGAGAUUUUGAGUGAAAACCUCCUUCCAUCAGCAAGGGCAUUGAAGAUGAAACGUGGCUGGGUCUUUCAGCAUGACAAUGAUCCCAAACACACCGCCCGGGCAACGAAGGAGUGGCUUCGUAAGAAGCAUUUCAAGGUCCUGGAGUGGCCUAGCCAGUCUCCAGAUCUCAACCCCAUAGAAAAUCUUUGGAGGGAGUUGAAAGUCCGUGUUACCCAGUGACAGCCCCAAAACAUCACUGCUCUAGAGGAGAUCUGCAUGGAGGAAUGGGCCAAAAUACCAGCAACAGUGUGUGAAAACCUUGUGAAGACUUACAGAAAACGUUUGACCUGUGUCAUUGCCAACAAAGGGUAUAUAACAAAGUAUUGAGAAACUUUUGUUAUUGACCAAAUACUUAUUUUCCACCAUAAUUUGCAAAUAAAUUCAUAAAAAAUCCUACAAUGUGAUUUUCUGGAUUUUUAUUUCUCAUUUUGUCUGUUAUAGUUGACGUGUACCUAUGAUGAAAAUUACAGGCCUCUCUCAUCUUUUUAAGUGGGAGAACUUGCACAAUUGGUGGCUGACUAAAUACUUUUUUUCCCCACUGUACAUUAUUCUUUUUUAUUUUCAUACUGGCCCCCCGUGGGAAUCGAACCCACAACCCUGGCGUUGCAAAUGCCAUGCUCUACCAACUGAGCUACCUCCCUGCCGGCCAUUCCCUCCCCUACCCUGGACCAAUUGUGCGCCGCCCCAUUGGUCUCCCGGUUGCGGCCGGCUACAGCAGAGCCUGGAUUCGAACCAGGAUCUCUAGUGGCACAGCUAGCACUGUGAUGCAGUGCCUUAGACCACUGCGCCACUCGGGAGGUUACUACCCCUGUGGGGUAGUUUUCAAAGAAAUUGGCCUCGUAUCAAAAACAUUUGAUUGACUAUCGAGAAGGAGAUGCUCACUUUGGUACUGGCUCUUCAGCACUUCAAGGCUUAUGUAUCGGUCACUACACUUCUGGUGGUCUAUACCAAUCAUAUAACCCUCUUAUGUAUCGGUCACUACACUUCUGGUGGUCUAUACCAAUCAUAUAACCCUCUUAUGUAUCGGUCACUACACUUCUGGUGGUCUAUACCAAUCAUAUAACCCUCUUAUGUAUCGGUCACUACACUUCUGGUGGUCUAUACCAAUCAUAUAACCCUCUUAUGUAUCGGUCACUACACUUCUGGUGGUCCGGGUUAUAUCUGUCAGCACUAGGCCGGGUUAUAUCUGUAUGUAUCGGUCACUACACUUCUGGUGGUCUAUACCAAUCAUAUAACCCUCUUAUGUAUCGGUCACUACACUUCUGGUGGUCUAUACCAAUCAUAUAACCCUCUUAUGUAUCGGUCACUACACUUCUGGUGGUCUAUACCAAUCAUAUAACCCUCUUAUGUAUCGGUCACUACACUUCUGGUGGUCUAUACCAAUCAUAUAACCCUCUUAUGUAUCGGUCACUACACUUCUGGUGGUCUAUACCAAUCAUAUAACCCUCUUAUGUAUCGGUCACUACACUUCUGGUGGUCUAUACCAAUCAUAUAACCCUCUUAUGUAUCGGUCACUACACUUCUGGUGGUCUAUACCAAUCAUAUAACCCUCUUAUGUAUCGGUCACUACACUUCUGGUGGUCUAUACCAAUCAUAUAACCCUCUUAUGUAUCGGUCACUACACUUCUGGUGGUCUAUACCAAUCAUAUAACCCUCUUAUGUAUCGGUCACUACACUUCUGGUGGUCUAUACCAAUCAUAUAACCCUCUUAUGUAUCGGUCACUACACUUCUGGUGGUCUAUACCAAUCAUAUAACCCUCUUAUGUAUCGGUCACUACACUUCUGGUGGUCUAUACCAAUCAUAUAACCCUCUUAUGUAUCGGUCACUACACUUCUGGUGGUCUAUACCAAUCAUAUAACCCUCUUAUGUAUCGGUCACUACACUUCUGGUGGUCCGGGUUAUAUCUGUAUGUAUCGGUCACUACACUUCUGGUGGUCUAUACCAAUCAUAUAACCCUCUUAUGUAUCGGUCACUACACUUCUGGUGGUCUAUACCAAUCAUAUAACCCUCUUAUGUAUCGGUCACUACACUUCUGGUGGUCUAUACCAAUCAUAUAACCCUCUUAUGUAUCGGUCACUACACUUCUGGUGGUCUAUACCAAUCAUAUAACCCUCUUAUGUAUCGGUCACUACACUUCUGGUGGUCUAUACCAAUCAUAUAACCCUCUUAUGUAUCGGUCACUACACUUCUGGUGGUCUAUACCAAUCAUAUAACCCUCUUAUGUAUCGGUCACUACACUUCUGGUGGUCUAUACCAAUCAUAUAACCCUCUUAUGUAUCGGUCACUACACUUCUGGUGGUCUAUACCAAUCAUAUAACCCUCUUAUGUAUCGGUCACUACACUUCUGGUGGUCUAUACCAAUCAUAUAACCCUCUUAUGUAUCGGUCACUACACUUCUGGUGGUCUAUACCAAUCAUAUAACCCUCUUAUGUAUCGGUCACUACACUUCUGGUGGUCUAUACCAAUCAUAUAACCCUCUUAUGUAUCGGUCACUACACUUCUGGUGGUCUAUACCAAUCAUAUAACCCUCUUAUGUAUCGGUCACUACACUUCUGGUGGUCUAUACCAAUCAUAUAACCCUCUUAUGUAUCGGUCACUACACUUCUGGUGGUCCGGGUUAUAUCUGUAUGUAUCGGUCACUACACUUCUGGUGGUCUAUACCAAUCAUAUAACCCUCUUAUGUAUCGGUCACUACACUUCUGGUGGUCUAUACCAAUCAUAUAACCCUCUUAUGUAUCGGUCACUACACUUCUGGUGGUCUAUACCAAUCAUAUAACCCUCUUAUGUAUCGGUCACUACACUUCUGGUGGUCUAUACCAAUCAUAUAACCCUCUUAUGUAUCGGUCACUACACUUCUGGUGGUCUAUACCAAUCAUAUAACCCUCUUAUGUAUCGGUCACUACACUUCUGGUGGUCUAUACCAAUCAUAUAACCCUCUUAUGUAUCGGUCACUACACUUCUGGUGGUCUAUACCAAUCAUAUAACCCUCUUAUGUAUCGGUCACUACACUUCUGGUGGUCUAUACCAAUCAUAUAACCCUCUUAUGUAUCGGUCACUACACUUCUGGUGGUCUAUACCAAUCAUAUAACCCUCUCAUUUUCCUGCAAAAGACGGGGUCCACGAACUGCCGACUCCUUCGCUGGAGUCUCAUAUUACAGGAGUUUCCCCUUGAAAUCAGACAUGUCCGUGGUAAGGACAACUUGGUUGCUGAUUAUCUUUCAAGGGUGGGCAGUCAAUACGUUUUGUGUUUAGCCAGUGUAUAGCCCUGGCUCACAAUUUACCUUUUGCCGUUUUGGAGAUGAGUUUUGUUUUGGUUGCGCUCAUUCCAAGGGGAUUAGAGUUAUAGAAACGUUCAUGAUUUUACCUGUUUCUCAAAACUUGUGAGUUAAGGUUAUUUAUGCCCGUAAUAAAGCCCUUUUGUGGGGAGAAACUCAUUCGAUUGUCUAGGCCUGGCUCCCCAGUGGGUGGGCCUAUGCACUCCCAGGCCCACCCGUGGCUGCAUCCCUGCCCAGUCACGUGAAAUCCAUAGAUUAGGGCCUAAUGAAUUUAUUUCAAUUGACUGAUUUCCUGAUAUGAACUUUAACUCUUUGAAAUUGUUGCAUGUUGCGUUUUUAUAUAUUUUUAUUUCUUCUAAGACAUAAUUAUGUAGUAGUGUUGGCUGUAAACUGUCAGCACUAGGCUGGGUUAUAUCUGUCAGCACUAGGCUGGGUUAUAUCUGUCAGCACUAGGCUGGGUUAUAUCUGUCAGCACUAGGCUGGGUUAUAUCUGUCAGCACUAGGCUGGGUUAUAUCUGUCAGCACUAGGCUGGGUUAUAUCUGUCAGCACUAGGCUGGGUUAUAUCUGUCAGCACUAGGCUGGGUUAUAUCUGUCAGCACUAGGCUGGGUUAUAUCUGUCAGCACUAGGCUGGGUUAUAUCUGUCAGCACUAGGCUGGGUUAUAUCUGUCAGCACUAGGCUGGGUUAUAUCUGUCAGCACUAGGCUGGGUUAUAUCUGUCAGCACUAGGCUGGGUUAUAUCUGUCAGCACUAGGCUGGGUUAUAUCUGUCAGCACUAGGCUGGGUUAUAUCUGUCAGCACUAGGCUGGGUUAUAUCUGUCAGCACUAGGCUGGGUUAUAUCUGUCAGCACUAGGCUGGGUUAUAUCUGUCAGCACUAGGCUGGGUUAUAUCUGUCAGCACUAGGCUGGGUUAUAUCUGUCAGCACUAGGCGGGUUAUAUCUGUCAGCACUAGGCCGGGUUAUAUCUGUCAGCACUAGGCCGGGUUAUAUCUGUCAGCACUAGGCCGGGUUAUAUCUGUCAGCACUAGGCUGGGUUAUAUCUGUCAGCACUAGGCUGGGUUAUAUCUGUCAGCACUAGGCCGGGUUAUAUCUGUCAGCACUAGGCCGGAUUAUAUCUGUCAGCACUAGGCCGGGUUAUAUCUGUCAGCACUAGGCCGGGUUAUAUCUGUCAGCACUAGGCCGGGUUUUAUCUGUCAGCACUAGGCUGGGUUUUAUCUGUCAGCACUAGGCUGGGUUAUAUCUGUCAGCACUAGGCUGGGUUAUAUCUGUCAGCACUAGGCUGGGUUAUAUCUGUCAGCACUAGGCUGGGUUAUAUCUGUCAGCACUAGGCUGGGUUAUAUCUGUCAGCACUAGGCUGGGUUAUAUCUGUCAGCACUAGGCCGGGUUAUAUCUGUUAGCACUAGGCCGGGUUAUAUCUGUCAGCACUAGGCUGGGUUAUAUCUGUCAGCACUAGGCUGGGUUAUAUCUGUCAGCACUAGGCUGGGUUAUAUCUGUCAGCACUAGGCUGGGUUAUAUCUGUCAGCACUAGGCUGGGUUAUAUCUGUCAGCACUAGGCCGGGUUAUAUCUGUCAGCACUAGGCUGGGUUAUAUCUGUCAGCACUAGGCUGGGUUAUAUCUGUCAGCACUAGGCCGGGUUAUAUCUGUCAGCACUAGGCUGGGUUAUAUCUGUCAGCACUAGGCUGGGUUAUAUCUGUCAGCACUAGGCUGGGUUAUAUCUGUCUGUCCUGUUUGUGUCUGUGGACCGUUUAGCUGCUACCUCUCCGACACCUAGCCCUACUGACACAUCCAGCACUCACUAUGUCUCUCUGUCUCUGUCUCUCUCUCUCUGUCUCUGUGUCUCUCUCUGUCUCUGUAUUGUCUAUUGUCUCUGUCUCUCUGUCUCUGUCUCUCUCUGUAUCUCUCUGUCUCUGUCUCUCUCUGUCUCUGUCUGUCUCCCUCUGUCUCUCUCUCUCUGUCUCUGUCUCUCUCUGUCUCUCUCUCUCUCUGUCUCUGUCUCUCUCGGUCUCUGUCUCUCUCGGUCUCUGUCUCUCUCUGUCUCUCUCUGUCUCUCUCUCUCUGUCUCUGUCUCUCUCUGUCUAUCUCUUUCUCUGUCUCUGUCUCUGUCUCUCUCGGUCUCUGUCUCUCUCUGUCCCUCUCUGUCUCUCUGUCUCUGUGUGUUUAGAUGAGUGGGGGUAAGAAGAGGAGUGGCUUCCAGAUUACCAGUGUGACGUCAGACUACACCGGGAGCUCUGGGGAAGCCCCACCCCCUGCCCAGGCCUCUAGCCAAUCAAAUCCCUCCCCUCAGUCCUCCAGCCAAUCCACUGCUUCCUCCCAGCUUGGCCCCUUCCACCAGCAGGGAAGCUCCUCCCAGCCGACGACUCCCCUCUCUCUGAGGAAAUACAACUCCCAAGAUGCCGCGGGGCAGGGCUCCAGGUUCCGAGUUGUCCGAUUGGGCCAGGGCCACGGAGAACCCUAUCACCGGGGGCGAUGGACCUGCACUGACUUCCUGGAACGAGAGGAAGGGUUGGGGCUUAGACGGGUGAUGGACAGCAUGAGACACGCCCACUCUCUGGAGUCGCUUGAGGGGAUUGGUCUAGAGAGGGGAGGGGCUGGAGGCGGGCUGCUGGGGCACGUGCGCGCUCUCAGGACGGGACACCUUGUGCACUCUCAGGGUACCUCCCACUUGCUGGCCCAGCCAAUAGGGUCUGAUGGGGAGGGGUUUGGAGGGCUGAAGCCCCUCCUCCUCCACAGCGGCCCAUCCUCCCCCACACACCUGGACAGACUCCACUUACGAUUGGUCGACUCCACGCCCCCACUGCCCAGCCCCCGCCCACGGAACAUCCCCCCCCCUCUACGCCUGGAUGUGGACUCUACCGGGAGGGUGAGAACACAACAUACUUUCCUACAUUCCCAAGCAGAGGUUUUUUGAUAGCGUUCACUCUCUUACACACGCUAACUGUUUCUUCCUCUUUAUCUCUCACUCUCUCCCUCUCUAGUCUCUGUUGAGAGUGUCUAAUUCCCAGCCCAGCUCCCCUGGCCCCCCCCUACAGGAUAGAGAUGGUAUGUUCCCGCCCAGUCUGACUCCCAUCCAGACUCCUUCGGCCUGGUCCAUGUUCGGCUCCGGGGGGGGCUUCCAUCUGCCGGGGGACGAC